AUGGGCCCACUCUCCAAGAAGCGCAUGAUCGUCCGCGACGGCGUGUUCUACGCCGAGCUGUUCGAGUUUCUCAAGCGCGAGCUGGCUGAGGAGGGCUUCUCGGGCGUCUCCUACCACAUCACGACGCUCCGCACGGAAAUCGUGAUCAAGGCGACGAAGACCCGUGAGGUACUCGGUGUGAACGGCCGCCGAAUCCGCGAGCUGACGGCCUGCAUCCAGCAGCGCUUCAACUACAAGGAGGGCAAGCUCCAGUUGUACGUUGAGCGCGUUGAGGUGCGCGGCCUGUCGGCGAUGGCGCAGGUGGAGUCCCUCCGCUUCAAGCUCCUGAGCAACCUGCAGGUGCGCCGCGCUGCCAUGGGCAUCAUCCGCUACGUCAUGGAGUCUGGUGCCAAGGGCUGCGAGGUCACUGUCGGUGGAAAGAUCAAGGGCCAGCGUGCGAAGAGCAUGACCUUCCGCGAUGGCUACAUGAUCAAGUCCGGUACGGCCCAUAAGUCCUUCGUUGACUCCGCCUGCCGUCACUGCUACAUGCGCGCCGGCUGCAUCGGGGUCAAGGUUAAGAUUAUGCUGCCGGGUGACUCGACUGGCCGCAACGGCCCGUCAGAGCCGCUGCCGGAUGUGAUCACUGUGAUCGAGCCGAAGCAAAUCACCGCAUCCGAGUAA